AUGCGCCUUUCGGGCUCGCGACCGACCGCGACGCUCUUACAGUCCUCACGACAGCGACGAUGGAUUAGUGACGGGCGUCCCUUUGCGCCAGGCGACUUGGUCAUCUUGCGACAAAAGAUCGACCGCUCUGCUCCCCCGAUCUUGACGAAACCUCUGAAACCAGGACGGCGCAUUGAAGGCCAUAAGGGCAUCAUUCAACACGAUGAUAUCAUUGGCAAAAGAGUCAGGGACAUUGUCAAGUCGAGCACCACGCGGUCGACCAGGGAUCCGACCGAGUACAGGCUGCACGAGGUCACACUGGACGAAUACACGCGGUUGAGCAGGCGAUUGGUGACACCUAUCUACCCGGCAGAUGCCAACCUCAUUGUAGCCUUGCUUGACUUGCAUCCCGAUGCUGGUGAGACGGAAGAAGUUGCUCCACGACUCGAGAUCUUGGAGGCAGGCACAGGUCAUGGAGCGCUCACACUUCACUUGAGCCGCGCAAUUCAUGCACAGAAUAGUGGCAUCCGGAUCGGCAGCGAGGAUGUCGACGAGUGGAAAGCGCACCGCCGUGCCAUAAUCCACACCACCGACAUAUCAUCUCAAUUCGCAGCUCACGCUCAGACUGUUGUCGAGGGAUUCAGGCGUGGAAUCUACGCAAGAAACGUCGACUUCCAUGUUGGCGAUGUCAGUGAAGUUCUAAGAUCUCUUCAAGCAUGUCGCGAUACAAGAUCAUUCUUGUCUCACGCUUUCCUUGACAUGCCUGCAGCAGACGCUCACCUCGCCACGGUUGCCGACGCAUUGAGGACUGAUGGCACGCUCAUAGUCUUUAAUCCUUCCAUAACACAAGUCAUUUCGUGCGCGACGAAGGUGAAGGAGCAGGGCAUCCCACUCGAUCUCGAGAAGGUGGUGGAGCUAGGAGUGAACGGCGGAAGUGGAGGGCGCGAAUGGGAUGUGCGAUUUGUACGACCACGCUCUGAGGAGGCGCCACUGCGAGAGACUCCACCAUCAGACACAGACACAGACUCAGGCCACGACGGCGAUGCAUCUCCCGAACUACGAUCCCCGGUCUCCGCGGCUGAUCGAACGUGGUCUUUGGUCUGCCGACCAAAAGUUGGGGAGCGCAUCGUGGGUGGUGGCUUCCUGGGCGUGUGGAAGAAGCAGCGAGACAUGAGGGCCGAGUCCAAUCAGCCUUCGCCAUAG